ACUCUAUUACUCUCCUUUCUCUCCACGACCACCCGCUUCUCUUCUACAGUUCUCUCCUUUCAGACUCUCCUUUGUCUCCACUUUCUGAUUCUCCUUUGUCUCCACCGCCACCCCUAUCUCUUCUCCAAUGGCUAGUAACGGUGCCACCCUCCGCCAACGCUCGGAGCUUUUGCUCAAGGCAGAAAAGGACCUAAAAAAGGUCAAAAGUAGCCCCAAAGCAAGCGAAGAUGAAAAGAAGUAUAUUGCAGAUCAGAAAACUACCGCCCAAGAUGAUCUUAAUGAUAUUGUAGAUUCCAUCAAGGAUGAAGAAGUCCUCGUACUAAACACCAUGGAAGAAGUCAAGGCGUUUAUCGGCUUACAUUCCACAUAUUUUGCAGAGGGCAAGCGGGGUUCGCUCAAGAAGGUGGAAAUAGGUAGCGUAGGUAGCGUAGGUAGCAAUGACACUAAACGAAAAAUGUGGGCGAUCCUUGAAUCAGCGGGAUUCAAGGUAUCCAACCCGAGCCUAACCUUCACAUUCCCCUGAUCUUAGAUCAAGUGUUUCCAAGUGUUUUCAGUGCCCGAGUGUUUCUAUCCAAGUGUUUUCAGUGCCCAAGUGUUUCUAUCGGUCCAGUGUGUAGGUUGUCUGUAGGUUCAUAUGGUCUUUAUCAGUGUCGGCAGUGUGUGCGUGCUCAUGUGUAGUGUUUCCGUGCUUAUGUGUAGUAGUGUUUCCAUGAGCACAGUGCGUGUUUUCCAUAUGUAGUGUGCCUGAGAGUUAUUCGACUUAGUUA